AUGUCACAAGAAGGUGCUGAUUCCGAGUCGCCAACUGAAGAAAUACUUACCUACACUGUCGAUUCUGUAAAUUAUCCGUGUAACGUUCCAUCAGCUGAAGAGAAUAUCAAACCAACGAAGCCGAAGAAGAAGCGUAAAAUGUAUACCAAAUCGGUCAAGAAGCAACGCGACAUCAAGUGCCUCCCACUGAAAACACUUGUGUACUGCAAGCCAUAUUACCGGCACCAGGUACGGUCGUUGUUUAAACUGAUGAACGCGACGUGUAAGCUGGAAAACAGGGUACUUAGAUCUGCUUGCGAUAAUGUGCCAAUCAACCAACAGAACGAGGGCAAUUGCUCGCCCUACUUUUCGAUACUUAACAGACGUUUCCAAACUCUCGCUAACGCACAAUAA